AUGUCUGAAGAAGACAUCAUUGACGUGAAAGAUCUUGAUCUAGUGGAUCCAGAUAGUGCUUUAACGCCAUCCGAAGGAGUAGUGAAAAAACCUGAUGAUAAUAAACCCAUAAAUUUUGAUCGAUCUAAGGGAGAAAUUCCAGAAGAAAAU